AUGUCGGCUCCUGCUCUGCCUGAACCAUUGGCCAACACGAAUAGCAGCGCUAAUGGUCGAUCCUUGCGAGAGGGAUGCUGGCUCAUUUCGUACUAUCGUUCACAGCGAUCCCUGCUUGCCUACGAUGGCACGCUCCGUGUUGAACCGAGCGCCGCCGAUGGUCGGAUUAUUAGCGGAGACCUCUAUCAACGUGAGGUCAAUCUUGUUUCUAAUAGGAAAAGCGCUCCUGCCCUUGGUGUUAGCCCCGCCACCGCCAAUGGAAUUCCCAUUCAGCUUCGAGCACGAUAUCGGUACUACAUUCGGGUAACGAAUCUCCACAUUGUGAAUGAAGGCAAAGAAUCCUCGAUGCUUUUCGAAAUGUGGAGAUACAAUAAUGCCGAUCACAGCUGGACCAACGAGGGGCUUCUAUCGGCUAGCCUGUGCUUCAAUGGUGCUCCUGUUCGCUACCCAGCUUCGCAGGAUUAUGCUAAGGGCGAUGUGAAGUCAAGCACUGGUGACGUCGUCGGUCAACUUGAAAUGGGCUGGAUAUCUGUUUUUUAUCGCAAAGCAUUUAUCGAAAUUGAUGCUCCGGCUAACUACAAGGUACCUGCAGACAGUAGUCUUGGCAAAUACUGGCUUUCUGUUUUCAGAACUCUGGGUUGGGAUGUAGAUAUCGGUGCGAAUAAGACGAACGUCACGCUCGAAAGUUCGACAUCUAGCCAUUACACAAAUGCGGAGACGCAUGAGACCAUGUUAGCCUAUCGCGAAGCUAUCGACCUAGAUACGUCGUGGCACUUCUACAGUCCAUCUGUCAAUGUCAUCCUCUCCACGCCGUGGAGUAUCUUCUACGAUGUCUGUGCAACAACUUCCAACAACUUUCCGCGGGAAGGCGUGGGUAUCGCAACGGCCUGGGUCAUUCACCACAACACCGGUCGGGGAUCAGAGCACGGUAAGAACUCAGCAGGUUCGAAGCCUGCUUACUUCUGCACGGAGGCCUAUCAGUUAGGACAUGCAAUAGGAUUAUUUCACGAUACUACAGCCGGCGGUCCCAUUACCACGGUCGACGUAAUCGCUGCAAUAAAACCUGCCAGCAACCUCUUUCCGGAUACAAUUCAAUGGCAGUGCGCGUCUUGUGGUCUUCGGGGACUGAGGCACUUACCUGAUCCAUAUGUCCGUCCUGGGGGUGUGUAUUUGGGCCAUGAGAGGUUUAGUAGUCCCAAUGCUGCGGAUAUGGACGCCGAAAUUCCUGUGGAGGGUCUCGAGCUGAAGAUAAAGCCGUUGCUUCGUGAGGUUCCAAUCGGUGCCCCAGUCCGCGUGUCUGUCCAGCUUCUUAAUAUCAGCGACUCGGUCUUAAAUGUUCCGGCUGACGUCAGCCUCAAAUCAGAAUAUGUUCGCGGCGAGGUUCAAAAAAUUGAUGGCGGCCUCCGCACGUUCCAGCCACUCAUCCGAUACAUGAAUAGUCCUCUUUCACUGAAAGCGCUAAAAUCCCAAGAGUCAAUCAGCGCCUCCAUGACACUGCUUCACGGUGGUGAAGGAUCGCUUUUCCAUAGCAGUGGUCUCUUCGAAAUCACAGUGAAAGUGCGCUGGCCCUUGAACGGGGGUGUCUUCGCGUUCCAGAAGGGAAGCAGUACAGUCUUCGUCCUCCCACCUGCGGAAGGAGCAUGUGCUAAGAUGGCACAUCAAAUACUCACGACACCUGAUGUGCUGCUUGUCAUGAUCCUUGGUCAAGCAAGAAAAAGUCAUCUCCAGGAAGCAGCCGAAGCAAUUACAGCAGCGAGUGAAGACCAAGUGUUGGGCACACAUUAUGCCGCUAUCGAGGCUAAGCGUCACCUCCAGCUUGGAAAACAAGGGGACGCUGAGAGAGCAUUGGUAUUGUGGAAAAGAAAGGGAACCAUCUACUCUUUUUCGGAGGGAAGAAAGCUCCGUAAUUUAUUUGAUGAAGCGGAAAGGGAUGGCCGCUGUGAAUUGGAUGCAUCAAGUCCCGAGAGGGAGCCAACGGGCGUAAAAGAAUCCAUCAAAAGCCAAGGAGGGGAUAAAAAAGGCCUAGAAAGGCCAUCAACAAGUAACACCAAGCAUAGACAAAGUUACCAGAAGCCCCGAGAUAAAUGA